AUGGCCGACAAAAUGGAUCGCGGUCUCGAUGAAAUCAUCGCAGACACACGCAGCAGCGGUCCUCGAAACAGACGCGGCGGUGGCGACCGUAGACGCGAUCGCAAUGACUAUCCUCGCGACGGCGUUAGAAAGUCCACCCGAAACGAGCCCAGAGCCAUUGAUAGCGAGUGGGUUCACGAUCGCUACGAAGAGAACAACAGCUCCCGCAGAGCUCCCGCUCCUCGUCGCCGCCGCGAUUCCCCCGGCCGCAGCGAGCCCACUGGGUCGAAAUUGAAGGUCGAAAACAUCCACUAUGACCUGACCGAAGACGAUCUGGACGAAUUGUUUGCCAGAAUCGGCCCCGUAGUGCGACUCCAGCUACUCUAUGACCGCGCUGGACGCUCCGAUGGCACAGCCUACGUGACGUACGAGCAUCGAGACGACGCGCUAGAUGCUAUCCGCCAAUACGAUGGCGCAAACGCAAACGGCCAACCGAUCCGACUGACGCUGAUGCCGUCGCGAAACCCAUUCGACACGGCCGUCAUGCCCGGGCGCCCUUUGGCGGAGAGAAUUUCAGCUCCCGGCGGCAGAUCUCGAUCGUUGUCACCGCGGCGCCGAUACGACGAGGGCGACGCCGCACGCAAGGGUAUUGAUAGGUACAUCCCCGGCGGUGGCAAUCGCUCCAGGAGUCCCAUGCCUCCCCGCCGUGGAGGACGUCGUCCUGGCGGCAGGCGUGAUGGGGGUGCCCCCAAGGAACAGGAAGGGGGUCGUGGCGGGCGAGGAAAUCCGAGACCUAAGAAGACUCAAGAGGAACUCGACGCUGAAAUGGCGGAUUACUUUGGAGGUGGCAGUGGAGGCGCUGCUGCCGCAGGGUCCGAGGCUCCCAACGGCAGUGCGCCCGCUCCGGCUGCGCACGAGGACCUGGAUAUGAUCGAGUAG